CAACGACGGGUUUGCUAGCAAUGGCUCUCCUCCGCUCGCCGAAAGAGAUGCCGGACUUUAUGGAGGUAUCGGUGGAAGUCGCUGAGGCCAUCACUAACAACAAACCAGUGGUGGCCCUCGAGAGCACCAUCAUCACCCAUGGCAUGCCCUAUCCGCAGAAUUUGCAAUCGGCCCUUGAGGUGGGGAGAGUCGUACGAGAUGCCGGCAGCGUACCUGCCACUAUAGCGCUCAUGAGAGGGAAGGUUAAAGUUGGCUUGACUGAGGCGGAGAUCAACGAGAUCGCCGAGAUGGGACCAAGCAAGUGCUCGAAGGUCUCUAUACGCGACAUAGGGCUGUUGGUGGCCAAUAAGGGUUAUGGAUCCACCACAGUAGCAGCUACUAUGCGCAUAGCCUCAAUGGCUGGCAUACGGGUGUUUGCUACUGGUGGUAUUGGUGGAGUUCACAGAGGGGCCGAGUCAACAUGGGAUGUGUCUGCUGAUCUCACUGAGUUGGGCUCUACUCCAGUAGCAGUAGUGUGUGCUGGUGCCAAAAGUGUACUGGAUCUUCCCAAGACGCUUGAAUUCCUCGAGACGCAAGGGGUGCCUGUCCUCGGUUGGGGUACGGAUAUUUUCCCGGCAUUCUUCACCCGGGAUAGUGGUCUUCGGACCUCUGGUGUUGUGGACGAUGCUGAUCAUGCUGCGAGAAUUCUGGCAGCCUCCGACCGCUUCUUCUCGUCACCACGUUACAGACGUCCAGGAUGCGUCAUAGCAUGCCCAGUACCGGAGGCAGGAGCUGCUGAUAUGAAAAGGAUAGAAGAGUGCACUGAGGCGGCGUUGAAGGAAGCUGAGGGGAACGGUGUUCAAGGCGCUGAUGUAACUCCCUUUCUGCUCAAGAGGAUCAACGAGUUGACGGGUGGAGAGAGCUUAGCGGCUAAUCUGUGUCUUAUUAAGAACAAUGCAAUGGUCGCCAGCCAGAUAGCAGUAGCCUAUCAUCAGAGGUUCUUCCGGCAAAGAGGCGUGGCGGCAGGCCCUGGGGCGGUGGCGGUGUUGGGAGGGAUAGCAAUGGACAUCACUGCUAAGGCAAGUGACCCAACGAGUGCAGGGGCUCAGGAGUCUACUGUCCCAGGGUUUCUGUCGAUGUCCACUGGAGGCGUCGGCCUCUCCUUGGCAGAGAGCAUGGCGAUGUUGGGGGCGACACCUGGUCUUAUCUCAGCUGUCGGUCGGGAUAGCCAUGGGGAAGCCUUGAUGCAGCGUCUUCGGCAGAUAGGGGUGCCUACCACCAAUGUGAAGGAGUUGACCAGCGAGUCCACUGGUACAUGUACCCUAGUACUUGACGGUCGUGGAGAGCUUAUAUCG